GCCCCCUCUCAUUCAACCUGCAAACACAGAAACACAGGCUUGAGUUAUUUCAAUUUUGAAAUUGGCCUGUAAAAUUGACCGCAUAUGGCGACAAAACGCAAAGUAGAGGUGAUUAUUCCCGCAGAGGAAAGCGACCAGCUCCUAAUCCGUCCACUGGGUGCUGGUCAGGAAGUGGGGAGGUCAUGCAUCAUCUUGGAGUUCAAAGGAAGGAAAAUUAUGCUGGACUGUGGUAUCCACCCUGGCUUGGAGGGAAUGGACGCCCUCCCCUAUAUAGACUUGAUCGACCCAGCUGAGAUAGACCUGCUUCUCAUCAGCCAUUUCCACUUGGAUCACUGUGGAGCUCUCCCCUGGUUCCUCCAGAAGACCAGCUUUAAAGGCAGGACCUUCAUGACCCACGCCACUAAAGCCAUCUACCGCUGGCUACUGUCAGACUACGUCAAAGUCAGCAACAUUUCUGCAGAUGACAUGCUGUACACUGAGACAGACCUGGAGGAGAGCAUGGAUAAGAUUGAGACCAUCAACUUCCACGAGGUCAAGGAGGUGGCCGGAAUCAAGUUCUGGUGCUACCACGCUGGUCAUGUGCUGGGAGCUGCCAUGUUCAUGAUCGAAAUAGCUGGAGUCAAGCUGCUGUACACAGGAGACUUCUCCCGACAAGAAGACAGGCAUCUGAUGGCUGCCGAGAUCCCCAGUGUCAAACCUGACAUCUUAAUCAUAGAGUCGACCUACGGCACCCACAUCCAUGAAAAGAGGGAGGAGCGUGAAGCUCGGUUCUGUAACACAGUCCAUGACAUUGUCAACAGAGAAGGCCGCUGUUUAAUCCCAGUGUUCGCGUUGGGACGAGCCCAGGAACUGCUGCUCAUCCUGGAUGAGUACUGGCAGAACCACCCAGAGCUCCAUGACAUCCCCAUCUACUAUGCUUCAUCCCUAGCCAAGAAGUGCAUGGCCGUGUACCAGACCUACGUCAACGCAAUGAACGACAAGAUCCGCAAGGCCAUCAAUAUCAACAAUCCUUUUGUCUUCAAGCACAUCAGUAACCUCAAGAGCAUGGAUCACUUUGACGACAUUGGUCCCAGCGUUGUGAUGGCGUCUCCGGGUAUGAUGCAGAGCGGGCUCUCCAGAGAGCUCUUUGAGAGCUGGUGCACUGAUAAGAGGAACGGAGUGAUUAUCGCUGGAUACUGUGUAGAGGGCACACUGGCCAAGCACAUCAUGUCUGAGCCGGAGGAGAUCACCACCAUGUCGGGACAGAAGCUGCAGCUAAAGAUGUCAGUGGACUACAUCUCCUUCUCCGCCCACACUGACUACCAGCAGACCAGCGAGUUCAUCAGGGCUCUCAAACCACCACACGUGAUCCUGGUCCACGGGGAACAGAAUGAGAUGGCUCGUCUGAAGGCUGCAUUGAUCAGGGAGUAUGAGGAUAAUGACCAGGUUCACAUUGAAGUCCACAACCCUCGCAACACAGAAGCUGUCACCCUCAACUUCAGAGGAGAGAAGCUGGCCAAGGUGAUGGGCUCUCUGGCUGAUAAGAAGUGUGUCCAGGGCCAGAGGGUGUCAGGCAUACUGGUGAAGAAGAACUUCAACUACCACAUCCUCAAUCCCUCUGACCUUUCUACGUACACAGAGUUGGCCAUGAGCACUGUGAAACAGUCCCAGGCCAUCCCCUUCACCGGACCUUACUCACUGCUCGUCUGCCAUCUGAGGAACCUCACUGGCGAUGUGGAAGAGCUGGAUGGAACCGAGAAGAACACUUUGAAGAUCUUUAAAACUAUCACUCUGGUCCACGAGGUCGGCAUGGUGCUGCUAGAGUGGAUAGCUAACCCUCUCAACGACAUGUAUGCCGAUGCUGUCACCACUGUAGUGCUGGAAGUGCAGUCAAACCCAAAGGCUCAGAAAGUCAUGGAGACCCAGAGUUCUUUUAUGGACAUGGACGUCUUCCAAACCCGCCUAGGAGUCAUGUUGCAGGACAUGUUUGGAGAGGAAUGUGUGGAUUUCCGUGAUGGUAAAAACUUCACUGUGACGGUAGAUGGGAAGAUGGUUCACAUUUGCUUGGAAACGAGGUCGGUGUGCUACGAGGAUGAAGGCACGGAGGACGACUCCCUGAGAGAGAUGGUGGAGCUGGCGGUGCAGCGGCUCUAUGACGCCCUCAACCCGGCCAUCUGAGAGGACAUACUGGACUGCAGGUCUGCAGACGCGUUCAUAACAAGUUAGACAAACGGGGGACAGUCUCUCAAGGUCAGACAUUUCUCAAGACAAACAGUUUGAGAACCACUGGAUUCUUCUGACGUCCAUAAUUCUACACUACCAGGAUUCACAGUGUUUUAAAAGCUCAUUUUAUCCCAAAUACAUUUGACAAAACAAAUCAGCAAAAUGCAGAUGAUUGAUCCUUCUAUAGAUCCAAAUCAUUAGGCACUUGCUCUGUGUGGUUUGGUGUAAUUGAGUAAAUGCAAUAUGGAAAGACUAUUGGCAUUUUACUAAUUAAAUGAACAAGAAGGAAAGUUUAUGACCUGUGGCCACAAAGCUAACAAGUAAGAAAAGUGAAUAAUUAAGGUUUUGUUUUAAUAGAUUUUAGUGUUGUUGUGGGUUUUUUUUGUUUGUUAUGCAAGCACUUUUAAUUAUAUUUAAUAAGUUUACUGUAUUUGUGUAGAUGCACUUUAGGUUUUACUUGACCAGAGUUUGUUAGUAAUGUGCACUGAUAUGACAGAUUUGUUUACUUUUUAUCUGUGGUGUGACCUGUGGAAUUUCUAAAUGCACUAAAUGUUUGUGUUCAUUACAUGUUUGAAACAAGACUUUUUCAAAAAUG